AUGGCCGACGACCCUCAGCCAGGCAGUCCAAAGUCUGACCCGAUCUAUGCAAAGGAAGACGCCGAGACUGCUGCUGCCCGCAAAGAACUGAAGCACACGGCUAUUUCAGAGAGGCCUUCCGCAGAUGGAACCGCCGCCGAGAUCACACCCUCGGUGCCGCAGAACGAUGAUCACAAGGAGCGCCCUUCGUCGCCAAAGAAGAAGCGGGCACACGAUCAAGUAGACGAGGACAAGGAUGUUGACGAAUUUGAUGACAAGAGCGUCGCCUCAAGCGACUCGGCGAAGGAUAGAACUGCGCGACUUGAGCCCGAAAAGAAGAGACACAGGGAUGAGGUCGCUACCUCGGCUGAUGCUGUACCCGAUUCCUCCGCGCCGCCCACUGCUGCUACCGCUGCCGACUCGGAGGCGAAGGAAAACGUCACUACCCAAGGCAUAUCUACGACAUCACAGGGUCCUAUCAAGGACGAAAAAAGAGGAGCGUCGACUUCCGCCUUUGCUAGCUCAGGCUUUGCCAAACUCGCAGCCUCGAGCGCAUCCCCGUUUGGUUCGCUGGGGGGUGCAACCAAGGGAAGCGUGUUUGGCGGAUCAGCAUCUUCCGCCUCGCCCUUUGGUGGGUUGUCCCCUUCCAAGCCUGCCACCCCCGCUCCUGCUCCUACACCUGCUCUGAGCUUCGGCGGUACCAGUGCAGCAUCCUCGCCCUUUGCCAGCGUUAAGCCCACCAGCACAAACGGCGGUUUCGGUUCGGCAUUCGGCAGUGCCUUUGGCGGAGGUCUGGGCAGCAAGCCCCUUACUAGCUUCUCCAAGACGGGCGAGUCCUCGUUUAAGACCGAAAAGGCAGCCAAGCCAUUUGGUGCCCCCGAUAGCGAUGCGGACGAAGGCAGCGACGAAGACACGGAUGACGUCGCCGAGGCUGCCUCAGAAUCUGGCGACAAGGAUGAAAAAGAGGAGUCUGAUAAGGAGGAAUCCAAGGCUGUGGACGAUAAGAAACGUACCAAGCUGCAGAAGAUCACUGUCGACGAUGGCGAAGCCGGUGAAGCAACCAUACUCCAGGUCAGAGCUAAAAUAUUUUAUCUAGAGAAAGAGGUCGGUUGGAAGGAGCGUGGAUCCGGCAUGCUCAAGAUCAAUGUUCCCGAGGCGUGCGUUCAAUUUGACGAGGCUGGGUUGCCCGUGCCUGGUUCUUUUGACGCAUCAGGCCUGGAAGAGGAUCCCGAGGCCGGCGACAACAAAGGCCACAAGGUGGCCCGUCUCAUCAUGAGACAAGACCAAACACACAGAAUACUUUUAAACACGGUCAUUCUGCCCGUCAUGCAGUUCCAGGAGAAAGCGACGUUGAAGUCUGUUGGGGUCAUGUUCACGGCUUUCGAGGGUGAGGAGGCCAAACCUGUGAGCGUUCAUGUCAGGAUGAGUGCCGCCAGUGCAAAGUCAUUCCUUAAUGAAGUAGGAGUGAUACAGAGAGAGUUAUCGGGUAACUGA